UUAUCUCUGUUCCUAUGGUUCUAUCACCCCUCUUUCCCCAACAGAUUAUCUCUGUUCCUAUGGUUCUAUCACCCCUUUCCCCAACAGAUUAUCUCUGUUCCUAGGGUUCUAUCACCCCUUUCCCCAACAGAUUAUCUCUGUUCCUAGGGUUCUAUCACCCCCUUUCUCCAACAGAUGAUCUGUUCUUAAGGUUCUAUCACCCUCUUUCCCCAACAGAUGAUCUGUUCUUAAAGUUCUAUCACCCCUUUCCCCAACAGAUUAUCUCUAUUCCUACAGUUCUAUUCUCCAACAGAUUAUCUCUGUUCCUACGGUUCUAUUCCCCAACAGAUUAUCUCUGUUCCUAUGGUUCUAUCACCCCCUUUCUCCAACAGAUUAUCUCUGUUCCUACGGUUCUAUUCCCCAACAGAUUAUCUUUGUUCCUACGGUUCUAUUCCCCAACAGAUUAUCUCUGCUCCUAGGGUUCUAUCACCCCCCUUUCUCCAACAGAUUAUCUCUGUUCCUACGGUUCUAUUCCCCAACAGAUUAUCUCUGUUCCUACGGUUCUAUUCCCCAACAGAUUAUCUCUGUUCCUACGGUUCUAUUCCCCAACAGAUUAUCUCUGCUCCUAGGGUUCUAUCACCUCCCCUUUCUCCAACAGAUUAUCUCUGUUCCUACGGUUCUAUUCCCCAACAGAUUAUCUCUGUUCCUACGGUUCUAUUCCCCAACAGAUUAUCUCUGCUCCUAGGGUUCUAUCACCCCCUUUCUCCAGAUUAUCUAUGUUCCUACGGUUCUAUUCCCCAACAGAUUAUCUCUGUUCCUACGGUUCUAUUCCCCAACAGAUUAUCUCUGCUCCUACGGUUCUAUCACCCCUUUCUCCAAUAGAUUAUCUCUGUUCCUACGGUUCUAUCACCCCCUCCCCAACAGAUUAUCUCUGUUUCUAUGGUUCUAUCACCCCCUUUCCCCAACAGAUUAUCUGUUCUUAAGGUUCUAUCACCCCCUUUCCCCAACAGAUUAUCUCUGUUCCUACGGUUCUAUCACCCCCUUUCCCCAACAGAUUAUCUCUGUUUCUAUGGUUCUAUCACCCCCUUUCCCCAACAGAUUAUCUCUGUUCCUACGGUUCUAUCACCCCCUUUCCCCAACAGAUUAUCUCUGUUUCUAUGGUUCUAUCACCCCCUCCCCAACAGAUUAUCUGUUCUUAAGGUUCUAUCACCCCUUUCCCCAACAGAUUAUCUGUUAAGGUUCUAUCACCCCUUUCCCCAACAGAUUAUCUCUGUUCCUACGGUUCUAUCACCCCCUUUCCCCAACAGAUUAUCUCUGUUCCUACGGUUCUAUCACCCCUUUCCCCAACAGAUUAUCUCUGUUCCUACGGUUCUAUCACCCCCUUUCCCCAACAGAUUAUCUCUGUUCCUACGGUUCUAUCACCCCUUUCCCCAACAGAUUAUCUCUGUUCCUACGGUUCUAUCACCCCCUUUCCCCAACAGAUUAUCUCUGUUCCUACGGUUCUAUCACCCCUUUCCCCAACAGAUUAUCUGUUCCAUCACCCCUUUCCCCAAAAGAGUAUCUCUGUUCCUAUGGUUCUAUCACCCCCUCCCCAACAGAUUAUCUCUGUUCCUACGGUUCUAUCACCCUCUUUCCCCAACAGAUUAUCUCUGUUCCUACGGUUCUAUCACCCCCUCCCCAACAGAUUAUCUCUGUUCCUACGGUUCUAUCACCCUCUUUCCCCAACAGAUUAUCUCUGUUCCUACGGUUCUAUCACCCCUUUCCCCAACAGAUUAUCUCUGUUCCUACGGUUCUAUCACCCCCUUUCCCCAACAGAUUAUCUCUGUUUCUAUGGUUCUAUCACCCCUUUCCCCAACAGAUUAUCUCUGUUCCUACGGUUCUAUCACCCUCUUUCCCCAACAGAUUAUCUCUGUUCCUACGGUGUAA